AUGUGGGCAUUGCGCUCCGCUGCCAGUCCCCCCAGUGCGCCGAAACUAAAGUGGUCCAGAAACUCGUUGAAUGUAAUCUACAAAUCGUCCGACUACCCCCUCGAGUGGACGCAGCGACACAACUUUGAUUUCCAUCUGAGGCACAUCGAGCUCAUCCUGAACAUGAUGUCUCUGCGGAAGUGGAAAGUUUUUUUCGGACAAGACGUCUAUCAUGGUGGCUCGAAGACUGGGAGCCCCAGGACCAGGAUAAAGAGAAGGACCAGCUUCCGGGCGAGUAUUUGGAUAGCAGUCCGUGUUUUCGUCCAAAUCUUCCCUCCCCACUUCACUUCAACGAAUGGAACCGUCCCAGAUUCGCAGAAUGGGAAUCAUGCGUCGAUCUAUCUGCUCCUACCCGAGGGUAACUCAAUCCAACUGAACAUGGUGGACGACAGCGACACGGAUAACAUGGGAACGCUGCAAUGA